AAUCGUUGACCGUGGACGUACGACUAUCGCGUGCUUAUCGCGACAUGAUCAGUCUGGAGUAGUUCGAGAAAUGGCAUAUAAAUAACCGAGUCUCCCUCGUUUACUUGGACCAUGGUUGCCGCCCCAGAUUCUGAAUCUUCCUCUAGCCGUCCUAGUUCUCCUGCGAUCUCCCCUGAUGCUAUCAUUGGUUCCUUAGUUCAAUUCCCUCACUAUGACAUUGAGCCGCACAUCGGCACUCACUUCGACGAUCCUUCCACUCAGCUCUCUGCCAUACUUAAAGCUCCCAAUUCGGACCAACUGAUCAAGGAUCUUGCCACUCUAGUCUCUCAUCGUGGAGUGGUGUUCUUUUCCUCUCAAGAUUUAACGACCCAGGAACAGUUAGAACUUGGUCGCCGAAUUGGGGAACUUUCUGGAAAACCAAAGACUUCUACAUUGCAUAGGCAUCCGAUCUCAGAGGAAACACCGGAAUUGGGUGCAGAUGUAUCGGUCAUUUCGUCCAUGGGUGGCAUUGCUAAAGCAGGAUACAAGGAAAAGAUACGCGCAAGCGAUGGCUGGCAUUCAGAUAUCACCUUUGAGCCAGUUCCUGCAGACUAUUCGCUUCUGAAAAUGCACACUCUUCCUCCAGUUGGGGGCGACACAUUGUGGGCAAGCGGAUAUGAAGCCUACGACAAACUUUCUCCUGCAUUGCAGAAAUUUUUGGAGGGGUUGACUGCGGUUCAUAGCGGCGAGAUAUUUAUCGAAUACGCAAAGAAAUUUGACCUCAAGAUCAACAACCCUAGAGGCUCCCCGGAAAAUGGAGAUACAGGAUUGGUAGCUGUUCACCCCGUCAUCCGAACAAACCCGGUCACAGGCUUCAAGAGUUUAUUCGUCAAUAAAUCCUUCACCAAGCGUAUCGUCGAACUAAGCCCUGACGAGUCAGACAACAUCCUGGAAUACUUGUUCAGGCAUGUCUCGGAGAAUCACGACUUCCAGGUUCGAUACAAGUGGAAGGUCAACGAUCUUGCGAUAUGGGAUAAUAGGUCUACAUUCCACACCGCCACCCAUGACUAUACGGCGUUCCGUCAAGGGAACCGAGUGGUCAGCAUCGGAGAGAAGCCGUUCUUCGAUUCUAACUCCAAGUCGAGGAGGCAGGCACUAGGAUUCCCGCUGUGAAUCGUUGUGCUGAGUGAUUUGUUGAAACUCGUAUUACGAAUUACGCCGAAGUUACCUCUAGGAAGUUAUCAACGGGCAGGAAGAUGUGAAUAUGGAUUAUAUUCCUAGAGGCUACGAUGCAUAAAUAGUACAUACAUUUUUUUUUUUUUUUUUUUUUU